AUGGAAUUCAACAAGGACGAAGCACUUAGGUGCCUCGAAAUUGCUCGAGAAAAACUGACAACCGGAGACGUUUCUGGAGCAAUUAAGUUUGCACAAAAAUCUAUAAAUUUAUUCCCGACAACAGAGGCAGAAGUGUUUCUAAAACGGGCGGAGUCAGCUAAGACAACAAACGACCGAGGAGGUAGCAGUCGUCAAUCGCCUUCGAAGUCGCCAUCGAGCCCUUCCAGGGAACACAAUCAAGGAAGGCAAACCCGAGAUUACACACCGGAGCAAGCAGAAGCAGUCAAGCGAAUAAGGUCCUGUGAUGUCAAUGAUUAUUAUGCUAUAUUGUCAAUAAGCAAAGAAUCCUCGGAUGCGGAAAUUAAGAAGGCAUACCGAAAGUUGGCUUUGCAGAUGCACCCGGACAAAAAUGGAGCACCAGGAGCCGAUGAGGCUUUCAAAAUGGUUGGCAAGGCAUUCCAAAUACUUAGUGACCCACAAAAACGGGCGAUAUAUGACGAACACGGAGCUGAUCCAGAUUCACGAAGCACUGGGAUGCCAUCCGGAUUUGGGGGGACACGUUUCAGUAAUGGUUUUGCAAGUGGAACCAUGUUUACAGAUGAAAUUUCACCAGAGGAAAUAUUUAAUAUGUUCUUCAGUGGAGAUGGCUUUCAUUCGGCUACUUUUGUUGGCCCAGGAUUCAGUGCGCGACGUUUUCAACCACGCCGAGAAUCGCCUAAUGGAGGGAGAGCUCGAGAACAGAACAAUACGUCACCGCUUUUGACCUUUUUUCAACUUUUACCCCUUAUUCUUCUUUUCAUAUUUACUUUCUCUUCUAAUUGGCUUACGCCAACUCCAGAACCUAUGCCAGCAUAUUCUCUUCAUCAAUCACGUUAUUAUCCAGAAUCACGACAUACACGUUCACUAGAUGUUCCUUAUUUUGUUGAACCAAAUCAAUUUGCGAGUUUCGCUCAAAACCCACGAAAAUUGCAACAAUUUGAAGAUAGUAUUGAGAUUAGAUUUGUAAAAUCACUGACAGAUGAUUGCAACAACGAAUUUGUGAUGAAACAACGUAAGGUGAAUGAAGCAAAGGGCUGGUUAUUUCCCGACGAAGAAAAGUUAAAAGACGCCCAGAAUACAAAAUUACCAAGUUGUGAGAAACUCAUGGAACUUAGCAAAUCGCAAAGGUACAAAGAGAUUCGAAGUAUGAUGGUUAGACAAUGA